AUGGAGUUGCUGGUCGUUUGCCUCUCCCUGUGGAUGUUGCAAUGCCGUUCUGCCCGAGCGGACUCCAUCAUACACAUCGGCGCCAUCUUUGAGGGGAAUGCCCCGAGAGACGAGGAAAUCUUCCAGCUGGCCAUUUCGGACCUCAGUCUGAAUGAUGACAUUCUCCAGAGCGAGAAAAUCACCCAUUCUGUAAAACAUAUUGAGCCUAAUAACCCCUUCCAGGCAGUGCAAGAAGCCUGUGAGCUGAUGAACCAGGGCAUCCUGGCGUUGGUCACGUCCACGGGCUGCGCGGCGGCCAGCGCCCUGCAGUCCCUGACGGACGCCAUGCACAUCCCCCACCUCUUCAUCCAGAGGAACGGCGAGGGGACGCCCCGCACCGCCUGCCACCUCAACCCCAGCCCGGACGGGGAGAGCUACACGCUGGCGGCGCGCCCGCCCGUACGCAUCAACGACGUCAUGCUGACGCUGGUGUCAGAGCUGCACUGGCAGAAGUUCAUCCUCUUCUACGAGAGCGACUACGACAUCCGGGGCCUGCAGGCCUUCAUGGACCAGGCUUCCCGGCUGGGCCUGGACGUAUCCCUGCAGCGCGUCGACCGCAACGUUAGCCGCGUCUUCAGCGACCUGUUCAGCACCAUGCGCACCGAGGAGCUCAACCGCUACCGGGACACGCUGCGCCGCGCCGUGCUGCUCAUGAGCCCGCGGGGAGCCCAGGUCUUCAUCCACCAGGCGGUGGAGACCAACCUGGCAUCAAAGGACAGUCACUGGGUGUAUGCUAAUGAGGAGGUGAGCGAUGCGGAGAUAAUGGAGCUGGUGCACAGCGCCCUGGGUCGCAUGACCGUCAUCCGACAGAUCUUCCCCAUGUGGCGCGACACCAACGUCCGCUGCAUGAGGAACAACCACCGCAUCUCCUCCCUGCUGUGCGACCCGCAGGAUGGAUACCUGCAGUCUUUGGAGGUGUCCAACCGCUACCUGUACGACAGCGUGCUCAUGCUGGCCAACGCCUUCUACCGCAAGUUGGAGGACCGGAAGUGGCAUAGCAUGGCCAGCCUCAACUGCAUGGGGAAGUCCACCAAGCCCUGGAACGGAGGCUGGUCCAUGCUCGACACCAUACAGAAGGGACGGAUCAGCGGUUUGACAGGGGUGAUGGACUUCCGUGCUGCCGGCGCCAAUUCCCACGUGCAGUUUGAGAUCCUGGGGACGAGCUACAGCGAGACGUUCGGGAAGGACGUGAAACGGCUGGCGACCUGGGACUCCACGAGGGGAAUGAACGGCAGCCUGAAGGAGAAUCGCAUCGAGAGCAGCAUGCAGGGGGUCACCCUCAAGGUGGUGACGCUGCUGGAGCAGCCGUUCGUCAUGGUGGCAGAGAACAUCCUGGGUCAGCCCAAGAGGUACAAGGGCUUCUCCAUCGACGUCCUGGACGCCCUGGCCAAGACGCUGGGCUUCAAGUACAACAUCUACCAGGUCGGGGACGGCAAGUACGGCGUGGCGCUCGCCAAUGGGUCAUGGAACGGCAUGAUCGGAGAGCUCAUCGGCAAGCGGGCCGACCUGGCCCUGUCGGCCAUCACCAUCACCCCGGAGAGGGAGAGCGUGGUGGACUUCAGCAAGCGCUACCUAGACUACUCGGUGGGCAUCCUGAUGCGCAGGACGGAGGAGAAGAUCAACAUCUUCUCCCUGCUGGCGCCCUUCGACCUGGCCGUGUGGGCCUGCAUCGCCGCCGCCAUCCCCGUGGUGGGCGUCAUGAUCUUCCUGCUGCGGCGGAUCGCGGCCGUGCGGUCCCAGGGCAGCGCUCACCCAGCGGCCUCCAUGUCCAACUCGCUGCAGAGCGCCAUCUGGAUCGUCUACGGGGCCUUCGUCCAACAAGGAAACGACUCCAUCCUGGGGUCCGUAGCCCUGCGGAUCGUGAUGGGCAGCUGGUGGCUCUUCACCCUCAUCGUGUGCUCCUCCUACACCGCCAACCUCGCCGCCUACCUCACCGUGUCCCGCAUGGACAACGCCGUUCGGUCGUUCCAGGACCUGUCCAAGCAGUCCGACCUGGUGUACGGGACGGUCCGUGAGUCGGCCGUCUACGAGUACUUCCGGGCCAAGGGCACCAACCCCCUGGAGCAGGACAGCACCUUCGCUGAGCUCUGGAGGACCAUCAACAAGAACCAGGGCCAGGACAACUCCGUCUUCAGCCCCGCCGACGGCAUCAAGAAGACCAAAAGGGAGCCCUUUGCCUUCCUGUGGGACAUGGCGGUGGUGGAGUACGCGGCGCUGACCGACGAUGACUGUACCCUGACGGUGACGGGGAACAGCCUGAGCACCAGGGGCUACGGCGUGGCCCUGCAGCACGGCAGCCCCUACCGAGACCUCUUCUCCCAGAAGAUCCUGGAGCUCCAGGAGAAGGGGGACCUGGACAUCCUGAAGCAGAAGUGGUGGCCCCGGAGGGGCCGCUGCGACCUGGACAGCCACGCCGACGCCCAGCCAGAGGGCCGGGCCCUGCGGCUGCACAGCUUCGCCGGCGUCUUCUGCAUCCUGGCGGCGGGGCUGCUGCUGGCCCUGCUGGUGGCCGCUCUGGAGACCUGGUGGAACAGCCACCCGUGCCGCCGAGCCCAGCCCAAAGAGGACAAGGAGAUGAACCUGGAGCAGGUCCACCAGCGUCUGAACAGCCUGCUGGACGACGACAUGGCCCACAAGCAGCUGCCAGGCCAGUCCAUCGAGAUCUCUGCCCUGGACAUUGGCAGCAUGCAGCCCAGCCACUCCCUGGAGGCCUUGUCCGUGCGGGACUACCCGCCUCACCGCGGCGGCCCGCCCCUGUCUGUCACCACCUUCCUGCAGGAGGGCCUGGGGGCCGGGAGGUCACUGGGCGGCCUGGCCGGCAGGAGCCUGGCCCUGCCCCUGAGCAGCGCCACCAUGCCGUCCAUCCGCUGCAAACACAGGGCCCCCAACGGUGGGCUCUUCAGGCAGAGCCCCCUCAAGACGCCCAUGCCAAUGUCCUACCAGUCAGUGCCAAGGGGAUCCAUCCCGGAAGACAUUGAGCCCAGCCAUGGGACGUCUAUCUGA